GCAUACGUCCCAUCAGCGUCAUCACAGGUGAAAGGUCCUGAAAUUGAGGGCCUCUGAGUUCUCCAGUCAACAUGCAAACAAAACCAAUCCAUCUAGCCUUGAAUAAAGUCCAACUAGAAAAGAAAACCGGGGUCCGACAGUUGGAUGAAGCCUGGCGGGCUGCCUUCGUUUCUGCAGUUUGAUCCUCAUUCCUGUGCCCUGUGUCCGUCCUCCACUUUUCCAGGCUGACCGUCCCGAUCUCAGACUGCAGAGAUGGACCUGCUCCACAGCUGGGGAGUGAACCUAGCCGUCCAUUUGCAGACGGAGUACCGGGACUAUGAGAAUCUGUUUCAGUGGGUGUCCUCUGUGGCCGAUCUCCACACCACCUUCUUUGUGUUUUUUCCCAUUUGGUUUCAUCUGCACAGAGACAUAGGCGUUAAACUCAUCUGGGUGGCUGUGCUUGGAGACUGGCUCAACCUCGUGCUGAAGUGGGUGCUAUUCGGUGAGAGGCCGUACUGGUGGGUGCAUGAGACUAAGUUUUAUAGCCCUAUAAAACAUCCUGAACUGCAGCAAUUCUCCAUCACGUGUGAAACUGGACCAGGGAGCCCGUCGGGUCACGCCAUGGGUUCUGCGGGUGUUGGGUAUGUGAUGGUUACAGCAGUGCUUUCCAUUGUCGCUGAAAGAAGACCACCUCCUUUACAUUAUAGAUUUUUGCAGCUGAUGCUCUGGAUGCUUCUGGGUUUGGUGGAGUUACUGGUGUGCAUGUCUAGAGUCUAUCUGGCAGCCCAUUUCCCACACCAAGUUAUCAGUGGCGUUAUUUCAGGUAUAAUUGUGGCAGAAAUAUUUUCCAGAGUGCAGUGGAUCUACAGCGCUAGUCUGAAGAAGUACGUCUGCGUGACUCUGUACCUGCUCUUUUUCGCGGUGGGUUUUUAUGUGCUUCUGAAAGCCGUGGGUGUGGAUCUGCUGUGGACAUUAGCAAAGGCCCAGAAAUGGUGCAUCAAUCCAGACUGGGUCCUUUUGGACAGCACCCCCUUCGCCAGCCUGCUGAGGAACAUGGGCACACUUUUUGGUCUGGGGCUUGGUCUUCACCUGUCAGGCUACAAUGAAACAGCAGGCCGGAAACACAGCAGCGGCGUCUCUAUCAGGACAGGAUGUAUUGGUGUGUCAUUGGUGCUGCUGCAGCUCCUGGACAAGAUGACGUUUUCCUCAAGCAACCAGUUCCUUUUCUACCUUCUGUCAUUCUGCAAGAGCACUGUGGCUUUGGUGCUUCCCACUGCACUCGUUCCUGGAGUCAUAUGUUGGAUUUCAUCAAAAAGCAAGCAUGAAAAGGACAUGUAGUGCUGAUUUUCAAGUUAAAUGCAGUGGUUUAGGAAACUUUUUGCAGUGCGCUCUUUAUAAAAUACCUCAGAUGGCAUGUACAGGAUGGGUGGCUACAAAACUAUCAUUUAAAAAGUUCUGAACUGCCCUGUGACCAUAUAUCCGUUUAAAAAGAGAGAGAGAGAGAGAGAGAGAGAAAGAAAAUAUCUUUUAGAAAUGUAGUUCUUUGAAAUGUACUUUCUAUUCAUAUUGGUUUAAGAAAAUUGUAUCUUUAAGUUUUUUUUAAUGUUUAUAAUGACUGUAAAAAUUUAAUGUGUUUUUUUGUUAUCUUUAAUUCAUAAAAAUUACAUUUUUGGGAGUCGCACCACAUGACUUUCACAACCUCAACUAACUUUGCUUUUUCAUAAAAGGUAUUUUUCUAGUAAUCAUCUAAUAUUUGAUUAGGCUUAUUGACUUUGACACAAUCAUUGCAGACAGCUGAUUUUCAAAUAUUAAUAAGCAGUGAAGCAGUUUUGU